AUGCUGGAAACGCUGCACAAGAGGACCCGACAAGAGGAGCAUUACCGCACUCUUUUAACCCUCAGACGGCAACUGUCGGACCUGAUAGCCCGCAAACACCACAGGUCGAUCCAGAGAUCGAAGGCCUUCUUCUACAUCCAUGCCAACAAGGGCGGAAAGCUACUAGCCCGCAUGUUGCGGAACCAACAAACAAGCGCACAGGUGAGCGCACUGCGAACAGCCAGGGGCACCACUACGCAAUUCCCUGAGGAGAUUGCAAACGAAUUCCGCUCGUACUAA